AUGGCGAACAAGAAUUAUUCCUGCGUCGAUUUUGACGGAAGUGACAAUACACAAGCGAUGGAAGUGAUCGAUGAAUUUGACGACAGUGACGUCCUCGAAAGACUUGAAGACCUCGAGAAAAAAGUUAACGGUUUCAUGCAACACAAAACAAACGAGCCUGAAUAUUCCUAUGCCAUCGCGAGAAUCGAAUGCCUCGAGCAAGUUGUCAAUAUCCUAAUACGACGGGAAUGUGCCCAGCCAGAGGAUUCUUCCAACGACCGUGAGGCAGUUCUGAACAUGUGGUCCAAAUGCCCUUUCCCUCCAGAGGGACUUGAAAACGUCAGCACCAUCCGCGAAGGAGAUAUCUGCGCUGAUAUCCGAGUCAUCCUAGCGAAGGAGAAGACAGACAAGGAAACCGCCGACCGAUGGAAAUGGGUGCUCUUGGAUCGAUAUUCUCUUACCUGGGGGGUUGAUUGCGGAGGACACAAUGACCUGAGCUCUGUCUCUCUGGAGAUGAUCCGGGUGUUUAAUAUCAGAGCUCGUGUUCUCUAUGCCUGGGGGAAUGGACAACACCUGGGAAUCCUCGAUGUCUGUGAUCACUGGAUUGGUUGUUGGAGGCGUGAUAACACGACCUGCAUCUCCCACGAGGCAUUUUGCAAGCUCUGCAAGCUGUAUUAUGCCUGA